ACCCACAAAUUAUCACUCAUUUAACCACGAUGUUCACAAUUGGUCUGAAGUCAUUCAGACCUGCUCAGCCAAUGGCAUCUGUAAGAUGUUUCUCCACAGCACUAGUUGCGUUCAAGGCUUUUAAACUUGUCACAACUCGUCGUGUCGCCAAAAGACAUGAUUUCCAAGUUGGUGAAGUUAGACCAAGAUACAUGCCAAAGAAAAGAGCAGCCUUCCCUGACUACAAAUAUGGUGAUGCCUUAGUUUACAAACAAAGUAAUAAAGGUUUGUAUGGUGGUCUUUUCAAAGGAUCAGGACAUCGUAUCUCAGAAUCUAAAAACAAAGUUAAUAGAACAUGGAAAGUUAAUGUUAAUAGAAAGUCAUUAUGGAGUGAAGCAUUAAAUAGACAUAUCAGAGUGAAAGUUGCAGCAAGAGUUGUUAGAACAAUUUCAAAAGAAGGUGGUGUUGAUAACUAUCUAGUCAAAGAUAAAUCUGCAAGAGUUAAAGAAUUGGGUCCAACAGGGUGGAGAUUACGUUAUCUUGUUAAAAAGGCACAAUAUCAAAAAGAAAACCCACCACAUAAAGAUGCUCCAAAUUUUAAAACAACAGAUGGUAAAUUGGGUACUGUUUAUUUCCAAAAUUUAAAAAUUGAUGGCUAUGAAACUCCAUUAAAUCUAACAGUUGGUAAAAGAAAAUUGACCAAGAUCUUAUUUAAACGUGAAAUCCUUGAAGCAAAAGCAAAAGGUGAAAAAAUAACUCUUAAGGGAUUAGCUGACAAAUAUUUAGACUACACAGUUGAACAAUUAGCUACUGCUCUUCAUAACUUUGGAUAUGAUUUAAACGAAAUAAGUUAUUCAGGUGACUACAUAAUACCUAAAGGCCCAAAGAGAAAAGCUUUAAGAGCUUAA